AUGGCUAACCUUACAAAACUCGAGUUCGUUGCCCUUGAUAUUUCAGGUAAGAACUACCUAUCAUGGGUGCUAGAUGCUGAAAUCCAUCUUGAUGCUAUGGGUCUUGGAGACACCAUUAAAGAAAAUAAUAAAGCAUCCAACCAAGAAAAUGCCAAGGCUAUGAUAUUCUUGCGUCAUCAUCUUGAUGAGGACCUAAAAAUUGAAUAUCUUACUAUUAAGAAUUCACUCGUUUUAUGGAAAAACUUGAAAGAAAGGUAUGACCACCUGAAGAUGGUCUUCCUCCCAAAAGCACAACAUGAAUGGAUAAAUCUAAGGUUACAAGAUUUCAAAUCAGUUAUGAAGUAUAACUCUGAGAUGUUCAGAAUUACUUCUAUAUUGACACUAUGUGGAGAAAAGAUUAGUGAUUCUGAUAAUCUGGAAAAGACAAAAGAGAAAAAUCUCGAAGCUAAUUUUAUCUCUGAAAAUCAAAUUGACAUCACACACUUGGAUGUAGCAGAUUUCUUUGAGCACCCUGAAGGAAAGAUAAAUCACUUGAUUGGUCAUGGUUCUGUGGUUAGAGAUGAUUGA